AUGUCAUUGGGGAAAGAUAGAUAUUCGUUACCUCGCUCUUACAAACGGGUGUCACAUGCGAAAGAGAAAGCUCGGCCAGAGUUGAGAAAGUUCGGAUGGGACACUCUUGGAUAUGCCGAAUCGUUCAAUCCACCUCCUCUCAAAGACACAAUUCCGCGAGUAGAUGGCAAGAAAAUUUCAGUCGACGAAUUUCGUCGUGAUUUUGAGAGACCGCGAAUUCCUGUUAUUCUAACAGGGCUCACAGAUGAUUGGAAUGCACAUGAGAAAUGGACACUUGAACGCCUUUCUAAAAAAUACCGCAACCAAAACUUCAAAUGUGGGGAGGAUGAUCAUGGGAAUUCGGUGAGAAUGAAGAUGAAGUACUAUCACGACUACAUGCUCAACAACAGAGAUGAUUCACCUCUCUACAUUUUUGAUAGCAGUUUUGCCGAGAGAAGAAAAACCAAAAAGCUGUCAGAGGAUUACAAAGUUCCCAAGUUUUUCGAAGACGACUUGUUCCACUAUGCUGAUCACAAAAAACGCCCACCACAUCGAUGGUUCGUGAUGGGUCCUGCUCGUUCUGGAACUGCUAUUCACAUUGAUCCACUGGGAACAAGUGCAUGGAACUCAUUGCUUCUUGGAUACAAACGAUGGGUGCUAAUUCCUCCGAACGCGCCUCGUGAUUUGGUUAAACCAAUGGCUCAUGAAAAAGGAAAGCACCCUGAUGAAGGAAUCACUUGGUUUCAAACUGUCUACAAAAGAGUUCGCAGUCCUGCUUGGCCAAAAGAAUAUGCUCCAAUCGAAUGUCGACAAGGUCCAGGAGAAACAAUGUUCGUUCCUUCUGGAUGGUGGCAUGUCGUCAUUAAUGAGGGACUCACCGUGGCUGUCACUCACAACUACUGUUCCGUCGAAAACUUGCAUCUCGUUUGGCCUAAAACAGUGAGAGGUAGACCGAAAUUGAGCAAGCACUGGCACAGAAAACUCGCCGAAAGUCGCCCCGAAGUGUUGAAGAUCAUUAAUUCUUGUACUGAUACUCCACCCCAAAGUCUCAAUGACUCUUCCAGUGACUCGUCAAGCUCGUCUUCUUCUUCAGAUGACUCGUCUGAUUCUGAGACGGAGGAAGAUAGCGGUCGCUGUGGAUUAGGUAACCGAAAAAGAAGAAACGAUGUUUGUACUAGCGAAUGUCCCGAGAAGAUUUCCAAUUCCAUGGUUUAA